CUCGCCGCCGCCGCCCUGACGUCCAGGAGUCCCCGAGAAGACCCGCCCCGGUGCUGGGGCCCGGGACUGGGCGGCCAUGGCGGGACCCGGCUCCCCUGGCGGCCCCUGCGCGCCCGCUGCCGUCUGGAAGCGCCACAUCGUGCGGCAGCUGCGGCAUCGGGACCGCAAGCAAAAGGCGCUCUUCCUGGAGCUAGUGCCGGCUUAUAACCACCUCCUAGAGAAGGCUGACCUGCUAGCCAACUUCUCAGAAAAGCUGAAAUCAGAGGAAGUCAUCUCCACUCCGAAUCUGGACUCCUGGGGGGAGUUCUCUGGGCCUGGCUCUGACCAAGUCUCAUCAGCAGCCUCUCUGAGGGCGAAGUGGCAGGAGGAGAAAAAGGGACUGCAGCUGGUCUGUGGUGAGAUGGCCUACCAGGUGGUGAAAAAGAGUGCAGCCCUAGAAACCCUGCAGUCACAGCUGGAAGAGCGGCAGGGCAGGCUAGAAGCCCUGCAGGCCUGCGUUGUACAGCUACGGGAGACGCGGGCACAGCAGGUCCGGCAGCUGGAAGAACGGCAGGCAGAGAACGCGGCUCAGAGAGAAGCCUACGAGACGCUACUCAAGCAAGCAGCGCACCAGGAGGCCGCUCUGCGCAGGCUCCAGGAAGAGGCACGGGACCUGUUGGAGUGGCUAGUACAGCGGAAAGCAUGCGCGGCCGCUGAAUGCAAUCUGCGUAAUGAGCGCCGAGAGAGGGCCAACCAAGCUCGGGUGUCCCAGGAGCUGAAGAGAGCAGCUAAGCGGACUGUGAGCGUCAAUGAGAUCCCAGACGCUCUGGAAGGUGGGACCAGGGGGGAGACUGUGCCUCUAGCUCCUGCUGUGCCUGAGCUCCUGGAGAGAGAGACUUGUGAGAAAUGGAAGAGGCCUUUCAGGUCUGCCUCGGCCACCUCUCUGACACUGUCCCGCUGUGUGGAUGUGGUGAAGGGGCUGCUGGAUUUCAAGAAGAGGAGAGGGCACUCAGUUGGGGGUGCACCUGAGCAGCGGUACCAAAGCAUCCCUGUGUGUGUGUCUGCCCGGAUUCCUACCCAGGCUCAGGAUGUCUUGGAUGCCCAUCUCUCUGAGGUCAAUGCUGUUUGCUUUGGCCCUAACAGCAGCCUCCUGGCCACUGGAGGGGCUGACCAGCUCAUCCACCUCUGGAAUGUCGUGGGAGGUCGCCUGGAGGCCAACCAGACCCUCAGAGGAGCUGGUGGCAGCAUCACCAGUGUGGAUUUUGACCCCUCGGGAUCCCAGGUUUUGGCAGCUACUUACAACCAGGCUGCGCAGCUCUGGAAGGUGGGAGAGACCCAGUCCAAGGAAACACUGUCUGGACACAAGGAUAAAGUGACAGCUGCCAAAUUCAAGCUAACAAGGCACCAGGCAGUGACUGGGAGCCGCGACCGGACAGUGAAGGAAUGGGACCUAGGGCGUGCAUACUGUGAGCCUCAGUCCCACUUGCCCCCACCUAGUCAUGGGGCCUUACAUUAUUCUGCAGCCAUGGCUCUGGGCUUCAUGCCAUUUCCCUUCUCUGUCCCUCACUGCUGUGCUCUUCCUGCUUUCUUGGCCACUGUGGUCUUCAGAGGUUCCAGAACCAUCAAUGUACUUUCCUACUGUAACGACGUGGUGUGCGGGGACCACAUCAUCAUCAGUGGCCACAAUGACCAGAAGAUCCGGUUCUGGGACAGCAGGGGCCCCCACUGCAUCCAGGUCAUCCCUGUACAGGGCCGGGUCACCUCCCUGAGCCUCAGCCAUGACCAGCUGCAGCUGCUUAGCUGUUCCCGAGACAAUACACUCAAGGUCAUCGACCUGCGACUCAGCAACAUCCGACAGGUGUUCAGGGCGGAUGGCUUCAAAUGCAGUUCUGACUGGACCAAAGCUGUGUUCAGCCCUGACAGAAGCUACGCACUGGCAGGCUCCUCAAAUGGAGCCUUGUACAUCUGGGAUGUGGACACCGGGAAACUGGAGAGCAGCCUAGAGGGACCCCACUGCGCUGCUGUCAACGCUGUGGCCUGGUGCUUCUCUGGGAACCAUGUUGUGAGUGUGGAUCAAGGCAGGAAGGUGGUGCUCUGGCACUAGGGCACAGUUUCCCUGGAUGGACCAGAGCGCUGUUCUGAAGCCAGAAGCCAGAGGACAGCCUUCCACUGACCAGGACUCCAGAGUUGGGGUUGGGUCAAAUGUAGAUGUUAUGUGAGGGCCUGGCAGGACCUGGCCUGUUUAAAAAUCAAGUGUCAAUUAGGGAUUACAAUUUGUAAAAAUCUCUAUUUGUUUAUUUUUCUCAAAAUGGAUAAAAAAACUACCUGUGUCUUGCCUCUGAAGCUCUUGGGGGGUCCGGGGAGAUUGGCUGUACUAGUCUAAUCAUGGAACAGCAUGAAGGCCGUGAGGAGCAGUAGCUCUUGGGGCUGGUGGAUGGUGAUCCCGGUGGGAGGCCUGCCUGGCUGGAACCAGGUCCUGGCCUGCAGUUCCAUCUGGAUGAUAGGCUGCCUGCCUCCUGCCACCAUCUCCCUGUGUGUUAGCUCUGUCCCUCGCGCCAGUCUCUGGGGCUCCUUCCUAAAGGUGCCUUUAUUCUUGUCCUCACCAGAAGCCUAGUGUUUGUCGUCACUGUUUUGGACAUAGUUGUGGUAUGAAGCCCUGGCUAGUCAAGUAUGCAUUUGAUGGCUCAGGGUAGCUCAGAACUUGAGGCCUCAGCCUCAGUGCGGGGAUGGCAGGCACUGACUGUCUCAGCCCUCAGCACCUGUGGGGUCAGCCC